GGCUAGAAGCAGCUGGGUGGAUAUUACGUAAAUGAGGGGACAAGUUCUCCCUCCUCACCUCACUCCCACCUAAGGACAUAGCGAUCAGCACGCGUGGAAAAUUAAUAAGCAACAUCAGGAAAGGAUGAGUGCAUUCCAGAGAAGGCUGUUCUAAAUUACUGUUAAAGGUUCAGUGAACCUCUCCAUGCUGAUAACAAUGGAGAACCAGCAACCCCCAUCAGUAUGCCAUGAAACCUGCAGUAAACCAUCAGUAUCCACUCCUGCUUAUUUUGUUAUCCUGCAGCAGUCACAGGGCAAGACAGAUGAAGGGAUACUUGUGGCAAACAGGGAUACCUCCUCUGUUGCACCAGUCAUGUCAGUAGGAAAUGAUAAAUAUCAGUCUAAAUCCUUCCUUUCGGCUGAAUGCACUUCUGGAAAAAUCACAGUAACUCUUGACAAUAACAACAUGUGGAAUGAAUUUUUCCGCUGUAAUACAGAGAUGGUGUUAACAAAACAAGGAAGGCGAAUGUUUCCUUAUUGUCGCUACUGGAUAUCUGGUCUUGACCCCAAUCUGAAAUAUAUCCUUGUCAUGGAUAUAACACCAAUGGACAACCACCGGUUUAAGUGGAAUGGAAAAACUUGGGAGCCAGGGGGCAGAUCAGAGCCUCAUGUUCUUGGUAGGGUUUUUAUACAUCCUGAAUCACCAUCAACAGGGCAUUACUGGAUGCACCAGCCAAUUUCAUUUUACAAACUGAAGCUGACCAAUAAUAUCUUGGAUUCAGAAGGGCAUAUAAUUCUACACUCUAUGCACCGUUACCUUCCUCGACUUCAUGUAGUACCAGCCAACAAAGCUACAGAAGUGAUUCAGCUUAAUGGACCAGAUGUUCAUACUUUUACCUUCCCCCAGACAGAGUUCAUUGCUGUAACAGCAUACCAAAACUUUCAGAUUACUCAGCUAAAAAUUGAUUGUAACCCAUUUGCAAAAGGAUUUAGGGAAGGUGCAGUUACUGGGCGGCCAAUAAAAGAAGCAAAAACAAAGAAUAUUGCUCAAGAAAUAGAUUCUCCUCCUCAUAAAAAACAGGUGGAUCAUGGCAGCCCAGAGAGUAUUCAAAAGCUGAGGGAGCUCUUCAGAGCUUCAGAGAAUUUGGACAAUGAAAAUGAAGCCUUCACCGCGGAGCGUGACUACCUCAAUUUUACAAAUCCACCUUCUGCUUUUUCUGCUGCUACACAGAAAAAGACCAAGACUGAUAUUAAAAGUCUUGAUGAACCUUCCCAUUUGGCCUCUCCAGAGGAUCUCAAGCCACUGUCAAAUGCUGUCAUUAAAGAGGAGCCUGUGGAUGACUAUGACUACAACUGUUCCAUGAUAUAUCCUGGAGAGAGAGCAAUAAAACAGGAGUCCUCCGAUAAUGAAGUAACAGAUGAGUAUUCAAAUAGUGAUGAUGACUAUCCUAUAUUAGAGAGGCAAUUUGCCCAGUUCCAGUCAGAGCCAUGCGGGGAGAGAAAACGUUCUUUCACAAGCCCUUCUGGGGUCGCCAAAGCCAAAUUGUUAAAAUUGGAUAGUGGAAAGAUGCCCGUUGUAUAUUUAGAGCAAUGUACAGGGGAAAAAAAUACAGUGAGUGAUUUGGACUUGCAGGAGCUGGUGUUGAGGCAGGAGACUUUGCUGGAUUCACACGUAUAUAACCUUCAGUCUUUCACAGAGGAGAGUCAUGACUUGACUAGCUCAAAUAGUACCCUUGCUACUGGAAAAGAAAUGUCAAACAAAGACAAACAAAGAUCUAGUAGACACAGUGUUAAUUCUGAAUAUAUCAUGCCAGAGGAUUCAUUGGGUAGUUCCCAAAUGUCUUCUGCAGCAAAAAAUAAACAACUCCUUCCAAAAGCUACAAAACCACAGAACACUCGGUUACCUUCUGUAAAAAGCAAAAGAGGGAGGCCACGCAAACACAAAGCCAAGACUGGACAGAAUGCAAGAAAGACCUCCAUAGCAACACCGCUAUUCCAAGAUUUUAAUCCAGACCUUGAGGAUGUAGAUGGAGUCCUUUUUGUUGCAUUUGCUUCAAAGGAUGCAUUGGAUGUUCAUACAGGGAAUAAGCCAAAGAAGGAUGCACAGUCAAGUUUUCCAGUAUCAACAAUGUCCAAAAGUGAAAAAGAUGAUCAGAGGAAGAUAUCAUCACUUCAGAGAGAGCUUGUUGCAGAUCUCAGGUCAAUGCGACAUAGACAGGUCAUUCACCCAGCAUUGCAACAAGUUGGACUAAAACUGAACAUUGUAGACCACACCAUGAGCAUUGACCUCAGGUAUUUAGGAGUACAGCUUCCUCUACCUUGUAUACCAAAUAAUUCCAGAUGGGAUAAUUAUGGAAUAUGUGCCCAAGUUUCUGGAUUUCCAUUUGUUUCUCGAACGGGGAAAACUACAGAUUAUAGGAAGAUAAAAGGUUGGAGAGAGAAAUUUUCGGCCAAUUCUUCUUCAUCAAUAAAAAAUGAAGGCAAUGGCUCGGAAAGCUCCCUCAAGAAUCGUUCCGCUUUUUGUAGUGAUGAGUUGGAUGAGUAUCUAGAGAACGAAGCAAGACUGAUGGAAAGUAGCUGUGGAUUUUCUCAAAAAGAGUCUGAGUCAGAUGUCACCUAUCAGCUUCCCACAAGAAGUACCAGCUAUGUGAGGACUUUGGACAGUGUAUUAAAAAAGACGGUUUCACAGCCUCCUUCCUCCUCUUUGAAGCCACUGUCAUCUGCUUCCACAAAAAAACGCAAAUAUUCCAAGAGGAAGACUUACAAUCCAAAGGCCAAUUCCCGGUUCAAGACCAUUCCAACAUCCAAUGUAGUUGCAAAGGAGAAUUCUAUAAAUGACAAAUUACCUUCAGGCAGUGAUCAAACCGUUCAUGUCUUACCCACCACCUCACCAUCUCUGGAGCAAACGUCAUUGUCAAGCUCACGUCAGCAGACCAGUGUGAAGACUCCCCAAAAAAACAAAGUUCGGCUUAAACUGCUCAACACAGAGAAGGAUGCCAUCUCUGAAAGCACCUCUGUCAAGAAGACAUCCCUAAAAAAGAAAUGUAUACAGAAACAGAUUUGUAAACAGACAUCUGAAUGUAAUAAUGAGUUCUGCCGACUCGGCUGUGUUUGCCAAAGCCUGAGCUGCUCAACACAGAUUUCUACUCAUUGUCGUCAAUCAGAAUGCAUGUUUGGUUGUACUUGCUUGGAGAGCAAAAGAUCCGUAGGAAAAUGUGGUAGUAAAUACUCCAUGAAUAUAUCAAUAGACUACUCGGAUGAAGAAGAUUCCCUUUCCCAUCCGGAAAGCCAGAAAUCUAAAAAUUAUGAAAGCAAUGAAAGUCCAGGACUCUGUUCUCCAAAGAGUUUUCCCAUAUGGAAUAAAACUGAUAUUGACAGUGAUCCAGAGCCAGUUCCUGCCCGCACAAAAGUGGAAUCUGAUGACCGCAAUGCCCGGUCUUCAAGCCCUGGACCCCAGCAGCCAGAGAAAAUGAAAUUGCCUUAUGUAGAUGACAGUGAUGAGAGCGCUGAUGAAAUGGACAAUGAAUGUUCAUGCUCUGAAAGUUUGACUUGUGCUAGAUUAAGGAUAUAUGAACGGAAACCGCCACAGCCAGACAAGUGUACCUGUGAGGAUUGUAGAGAAUCUGAACAGGAUUAUGGCCAUAAACCGUUCAAGAACAAAGCAAAGGACAAAUCUUACGAAGAUGAAGAAAAUAAAAGGUCCAACCACACUGGUCCAACCAAGCUUAUUGAAAUAAUCUCUGACUGUAGCUGGGAGCAGGAUCGUAGUAAAAUUCUGAACAUUGUUUCGCAGCACAUAAAUAACACAGAGCCUCAAUCCUUUAAGGUGGGCAGCUUUAACAUUGAACUGACUUCUGAGGAGAAGACUGAUGACAAAACAGAAGACAAGUUGAGAACUUCUGCUUACUCCUCCAGAGUGAAAAUUUCUAUGGCUCCUGAUCAGAGAACAGAACACUGCUCUUCAAAGCAUCAGUCUUUAAAGUGGAAGACCGAAAGUGUAAAGCUCCAAGAGCAUAAGCUACUGGAUUCUUGUUCUGAGAAAGAACCAAUGGAAAAGUCACAUGGAGGAAAAGGUCUGCCCUUCUAUACAAAGAUCAUUCCUGCUGGUAAACUGAUAGCGCAUAGAAAGACUUCCACUGUUAACCACUCAGAGCUCAUUCAGGUGAAUGGAAAAUAUUAUCCUCAAGCCAAAUUGCUUUUGGGGCAGAUGGGUGCAUUGCAUCCAGCUAAUCGGUUGGCAGCUUAUAUUACUCAUAGACUGCGACCCAGCCUGUACAACCUCUCUAAAUUAAAUGAAUUGAACUCCAAGUUGCAUUCAAGCAGCCUCUCGACAAGCUCUGGCAGUAUGGAUGAAAAUGGCAAAGACAGCCCUUCUUCAAUUCAGAAAGUGGACAAUUCGCCGCUGAAUAAGAUUGCUACGCAGCCUCAACCCAGCAGUGUGUUUACUCAGUUUGUCAUGAAUGAAGUUGGAACUCUGAAGCAGAAAAACCCACUUGCCACUCCCUCUCCAGUUAAACUGAGUCCCUCGACAACCCAACUGUUAGUAGUUACUUCAUUACCCCCUAGCAAAUCAAUUACCCGCACUAUCUCAUCCACUAAAAUGCCUACAUUGACUUCUCCCUUGCUUACUUCAAGUCCUAUUACCUUAAAUACAGUACCACCAUCACAAGCCAAAACAUCCGUUCCAACUUUAAUAAAGAUAGUUUCAAAAGAUUUGUGUUCCAGCCCCCCAGAUCCAUUAGCAGCCAGAUCUACUGAUCCCACUUCCACUUUAACGAUAACUAAAGUUUCUCCUACAAAAGGCUCUGUUUUUCCUCCACCACCUUUACUUAAACCGUUGCCGUCUUCUACAGUGAAUGCUUCCAGCCUCCCUCCUCUCCAAGUUAAAAAUAUUGCUUCUCCACCUGCAAACUCUUUAAGAACUUCUGCCAAUUCAAUAAAACUUGGAUCCGUUGCUCCACAGGUUGGGGAUGUUUUACCCACGCUUACUUUGAGACCAGUAUCCCCGCAGAGUACUUUGGUUACAAAAGCUACAGUUACGUCCCCAAGAAUGGAGAAACGUAUGGGUCCCCGUCUACUGCUCAUACCUAUGCAGUCUAGCACCCCACCUGUUAAACCAGUUACUCGUCCACCACAUACACCUGGGCAGAAGGUGAUCUUACAACCAAUCAGAAGCCCAGGUGGGGGAACUAAUUUAUUCCGACACCCAAAUGGACAGAUUAUUCAACUAGUUCCUUUACAGCAAGUUCGUAGUGCUUUGGUGCAGCCUGGCAACCAACAAAUAGUUUUCCGAAAUCCAGGAUCUGCCAUGGGUGUCCAUCUCCCACUUCCAGGCAGGACUGCAGCAGUUGCAGCACCUUGUAUAACAGCAGUAUCUUCUAUAACCAAUAAGACUGGUUCAGUUCUUGGGUCUGUUUCUACAAGUAGCCAAGUAUCAUCAGAAGUCACUACUUCUUCAAAUCCUUCAUUUCUUUCACAAACGGGCACUCUACGGUUCAGAAUUGCCCCACCAACAACAACCAGUGACCAGCAGUCCAUAUCUAAAGUGACAACCUGUAGUUCUAAUGGGCAAGCUGAAAACCAAUCUAAUGUUGUGCCUCUCCAAACUGGGACAUUUGCUUUAUUAAAGGUCCCUGCAACUACUAUCCCUGCUUCCUCCCUUAAGGAUAUCAGUGGUGUAUCCCAGACUAACGUAUUUUCAGGAAACAAAGACAAUAUGACUGUAGAAAGCAGUGAUACAUCAGAGGAGAACAUAUCAGACAGUCCUUCAGAGUGUGUUGUGAACAGGACUACAAAUGAAAAUACGGAAAAGGUUGAUGGAAAAGGUGUUGAGCUGCCUGCCUCAGAAGUUGCAAAAGCUGAUAAAAUAUCUGAUCUGCAAGUUAAACUUGAAUCUGUUGACUCUUCUUUGCAGUCAGAAGAAAAUAUUUUGGUUCAUGGCAACCAGAGUCGUUAUAAAUCUGAAGGUGCAGUAGAUCAAAUAAAUGACCAGGUGGAACGAAAAGACAAACAUCAGCAACAAGAAAUAGUAGAACCAAAGAGCAUAUCUGACUCAGAAUAUCCAGCAUCUAAAGUCACACUGGAGCAGAAUACGAAUUCUGAACCUGGAGAAGAAAGAAAUACAGAAAAUAAAUCUGUACUAACUGAACUGGUGAGAGACUCCUGCACAAACACUAAUGAAACUGAUAUCAAAUCUCCUAAAGAAUCCCACACAGACUCAAAAAAUCAAUCUAUUGUAACUCCUAAUGAGUGUGGUACAAAAGAAACUCUUGAUGUUCGACUGAAGGAUCAUGAUGUUAUAGACUGCAACACAAGUGAUGGCCAAAGUAAUGAACAAGAUUUGGAUAGUGAUGUAGAUUAUUCUGUGGACAUUGAAACUGUGGAAGAGCUUUCUGAGAAGAUUAACAUUGCUCGUCUUAAGGCGACGGCUGGCAAAACAAAUUCUUCCACAGACAAAUGCAAUACACACGAUGUAAUGCGAGGACGCAGAAAAGGACUAAAGAAAGGAAGUCAUAUUUUUAUAAGAGAUGAAGAUGAGGACCCUACUUCAUAUCAUCGUCGAACUCACACUGCAAAUGAACGCAGAAGAAGAAAUGAAAUGAGAGAUCUUUUUGAUGACCUCAAAAAUGCCCUUGGGCUUAACAACCUCCCAAAGGUUUCAAAGAGCUACAUUCUUAAACAGGCCAUUGAGGAGAUUGAAGGUUUAACAUAUGAAGCAGACACAUUAAUAAGGAAGAAAAACUUGCUUUCUCAGAGACAAAAUCAAUUGAUCAAGAAAAUGACAAAUCUUUCAGGAAGACCUAAAGAAGUUAUAAUGAAAAAACUGGAAUAUCUUGAUGCAAAACAGAAAGCCGUUGAAGCUGAAAGAAAGAAGAAGCAACUUGAAGAGGACAUUGCUUUACUUAAAGCUUCUUUGAAGUGCGACACACACCUGAAAAAUCCAUACCCAGCCCAGAAAGCUGAAGAGACUCAAGUACACCUAAGCAGCAAAACGAAAAAACCUUUAACACUGCGGAAACCAACAAUUACUCCACUGGAGUCAGCCCCCUCACAACCUGAUGUCUCUUUAAUUUCAAGCAUGGUAUUGUCUCAUGAAGAACAACUGACUGCAGAUAUAAACCAACAGGCCUCUGCUCAAAUUCAGUCAGGUGUGGCUCCUGUCGUACUCCACUUUUCUAGUACAUUACAAGGAAAUGAUAUGAUUGAAAAAUCUUCAGUUCCUGUCACACAGUCUACUCUUCCUGACCAUUCCUUUGAGGUUUCACCACCAAUCCAGGACAGUGAUGAUUUGUCCAUGAUGCCAAAGAUUGUGAAUGUUACAUCGUUGGCGAAAGAAGCUUCCAUAAUAGACUUGGAUACAGAAUUACAAAAGCACACGGCUUUGAUUAAUGAAAGCAGCAAAGAUAAUUCAAAUAGUCUUCUAACAGUUGCUGCUGCUGUGAAUGAAGAUAAGACAGACCAAGAAAUUAUGCUUUUUAACACUAAGUCAGACCAAGAAAAGUCUGUUAAAGAUGCUAAGCCAGAUCACAAAGCUAAAACCUCUUCUUCACCUACACCAGCUCUUCUGAGUGGUGCAUCAUUGAGUGUUUCAGAAAAACAAAACUCUGCACAAGAAAGCUUCAAACAAAACCUUACAGUUGAAGAUGUCAACACUAGUAAGGAAGAUUUUGGUGUAAUAAAUGAGAAAGUAGAAGAGCAGCAUUUCCCAGUUUCAAAUAUAAAAAAAACUGAAAAAGAGUGUAAUCUUGAUUUGGCAUUUAAAAAAGUGUCUUCUAUUGUGGAUAAUCCGGAGCUAGAUCCAAGUGAGUUAAUAGAUGUAAUUGGAGAUCAUGAAGACGAGACUCUUACAUCCUUCCUUGAUGAGAUAGCUUUUCUUAAUCAAGAACUGAACAAUGACACGGACGACACGGACUCUGGCUCUGAUUUUCCAGGGUCAGAAACUGGAACACGUAGCAGCACAAGCAAACUUUUAGAUGUCGAUGCAUCUCCAUAUUCCUUUGGGCAGUUCAAAGAAUUGUCCGGAAUAAAAGAAAAGGUAUCACUUAGCCCCUUCUUCCUUCAGCUGGAGGAGGGUGAGAUUCAGGACUUUGCUAAGAAAAGUGAAGAUACAGGUGCCAUGACAGUUGAAACUGACGCAGAGAAAGUAACCGUGCCUGAACUAGCUGAGAAAAGUUUUGGAAUUCAAGAGGAAAAUAAUUAUGCAUUGACACCUGGAAAAGUAUCUAAACAAGAAUCAUCUAGCUCAUAUGCAUGGUGGAGACCUAUGCCCAAGCUGGCACCACUUGGAUUAAAAGCUGCAACCCUGUCUGCUGAUCAGCGUGUUUUGCCAAGCAAAGCCAUGCCAUCUUUGGCACCUGUAGCAAAAAGGUUGAAUUCAUCACAUGUUUGUGAAGAACACUCUAAACAACCAUCUACAGCAGUAUCCAUGUCUUCUAAAAUAGAAAAUUAGUUUUUCACAUUUGACAACUGUUUAAUGUGCCCUGGAUUUUCAAAAUCAAUUACACUUGUUCAAAUAGGAUAGCAUUGCUGUUAACGAAGCAGGUUUACCCUUAUACUUUUUGCAAUAACAAUAAGCUAAUCACUUUUUAAAUCUCUACCAGUGAAGAAAACAGAUGUUUUCAAACUUUUUGUUUAUGUAUGUUUGCUAUAACCGUCUUGACCAUGAAAAAUAAUGUGAAGAAUAAUUUCCAUAUCAGCGAGAAUGACUUUCUUUUUAAUAUUUUCUUUCUGGACAAUUUAGUUUAACUUUUCAUAUUGUACUCACCCUAAAUUUCUGUGUUUACAGUGGAUUGACCACAGGUGCCUAAGCUUCUAAUUUUUGUUAAAUCUUAAGCUUAUGGAAUCACCAUUUUUCUGCCUGCAGUUUUGGUUGCUGUCUUACACUGCAGGAACUAUAAUGGGCAGUAUUAAUCUAUGAAAAAGACAGCACUUGGAAUGCAUUGCUAUAAACCAUUAGUUUGCUGUAAAAUAACACCUAUCCUAUAAUGAUGAAUUUUAUGGCAAUCGUUGUGUACAAAAUGUGUAUUUAUAUUUUUGGAAAUGUUUUGUAUGCAGAAAUAUGUUUUGUAAUUAUGUAUAGAAAGUGACACAUUUUCUGAACAACUUUACAUGAAUUGUUUUCCUAUUCAAAUUGUAAAUAUGAAAUAUAUGAUUUCAGGUACUCAGCUUGUUUGGGUGCUUUUGGCAGGUGCAGAUUGACGUAACUUUUCACAUAAAUAUUGGGCAUUGAAUUCUGUAAGCUUUUGCAGAAUUUAAAAACCUCUGUUACCCAUGUACAAUAAAUGCUAGAAAUUGUGUUCAAAGGCAUACAGUUAAGACCAUAAACACUACAGGCUGCUGACCGACAAUAAACUAUCAAACCGUUUUUAAAAGCAGUUUACCAUUUACUUGUCUGUCAGGCGCUUGCACUAAAUCCAAUCUGAGCAGGUAAUGUAAAGGACAGGAAGUUUUUAGUUCUACAUUGUCAUAACAGCUCCAACCAAGACCGUAAAAGCAGUGUGUGU